AGUAGCUUUUUAAACCGCAAAGCAGCAGCACAUUCUGGAUAAUCAUAUAUUACAAGACCAGCACUACAUUGAAAAGAUGAGGCUUUGUUUUCUCCUCUGCCUGAUGGUUCCCUUGAGCCACAGUCAAAUGCGGUGCCUCCCUGGUGCUAGAGGUGACAGAGGACCAGCUGGACCAGCUGGACCACCUGGACCAUCUGGACCCAUAGGGCUGAGGGGAUUAACUGGACGACCUGGACCCAUCACCACAUGUGGACAAGAUCUUUUUGGUUCUAUCGGACAGGAUGUUGAAAGACUGAUGAAGAUCAGUGCAAAGAUUGACAUUGCUAUAAGCUUUGACUUUGUGCGGAAGGUGGAUCAGAAGUACUUUGUGUCCAACAAGGAGAGAGGACCUUUCCUGAAGGCUGUGGAGUUCUGCUCCCAACAAGGCUUAGAGCUGGCUCUGCCCCAGACUGAGGAGGAGAACCGCAUGCUGAUUCAGCUGCUUGGUGAAGCUGAUAAAAUAGCCUGGAUCAACAUUAACAGCAGAAAAGCAGAGGGGAACUUCCAGUCAGACAUGAAAAGUCAACCUCUGACCUUUACUAAAUGGGGAGAAAAACAGCCGGAUCAAACCAUUCAGGAUACCGGCUGCAGCAUGGUAACGGAGAACGGCUCCUGGAGAGUGACACAAGACUGUUCAUUGAAUGCUUACAUCAUCUGUCAGUUAUAGAAAGCUCAUCUACCACAGAGCUUCUUAAAUAAUCUAGAAAUGACCUAGUCCUUAAAUGACCUUUAUCUGACAGAACUUAUUGCAGACUUAGUGACAGUAUGGUCUUUCAGCCUUUCCAGAACAUAAAACAGAUCGAUACAUUCAGGCUACUUUUAUGACUGAAUCCUGUUUGGUACCUACUUUGUCCUGCAGGAGUCUUUCCAUGCAUUAAAAACAAAGUGCCACCCUGGACAGGUCGUCAGUGCAUCAGUAGAGCAAAUUAGAGACAACAGAAAAUGUAGAAUGGUCGCCACCUUUCCUUACUGUAAACUUGUUUUAUACAUUUGUUUAUUUUUAUAUUGUUGGGCCUUAAUAAGUGCCUUGAUAAUAACUUUCUCACGUCUUACACUCACAGCAGAACCCUUCAGCUGAACCGUGGUGCCACAUUAACUCCACCGCCAAACACCUUUAUUCAGACAAAGCUCUCAUUUUUCUAUUGUCUCUCAGCCUGUCCCGAUGCACUCUUGUAUAUGAUCUGUACUGUGCUUCAGUAAAUGUUUUACUUUAUUAAAAUGUUUUUAGUUUUUGUUUACCCUGAAUUAAAGCACAAACAUCAGCUUACAGAUGGGCAUUGUCACCCGGUCUUGUACUUUCCUCAUACAUAGUGGAAUAACUCGUUUGCAGAACCCAUACCCAGGUUGUCUAAGAAGCGAACUUCCUCUGUGUACACGUGCUAUGACUCAGGUUUGGACAAUAAAACUUGUUUUCCAUCUUA